AUGUUGAUUCUUGAUCAGGUUCUGUUUGGUCUCGCCAUCAACCUGUAUGACGAACGUUGGUAUAACUUGUUUGCAACAACGGGAGCAAAUCGUGCCACGGUCUAUGAGCUCCUUCCGGACGGGAAGAUAGAGGUCCGGCAGGUGUAUGUUGACGAGGAUCAAUCGGAAAGCUACUUCUGUUGUGCAUGGAGCGUGGCGCCCUGGUGUGAGGAGCAGCCCUUGUUGGCAGUUGCUGGCCAGCUUGGCAUCAUCCGCGUCCUGGACUGCAUGCGGCACUGUGUGUCUCGAACGCUGAUGGGGCACGGGAACAGCGUCAACGACCUUCGCUUCCACCCGUACCAACCAGAGCUGCUACUGAGUGCGAGCAAGGAUGAGUCGAUCCGGUUGUGGAAUGUGGCAACCUGCGUGUGUGUCGCUCUCUUCACGGGCGACUCAGCGCAUCGUGGAGAGGUUCUGUCUCUGGACUUCCACUUGGACGGGAAGCAAUUUGUCAGCGCUGGGAUGGACAACGCAAUCAAGAUAUGGUCGCUGGAUCAGUGCGCUCCAGCCAUCAAGCAGGCUUCAACCCUCCAGCAACAAGCUGCCGACGCUCUGCCCUCCUCCAGGGGUGACGCGACAGGCAGAUUCCGAAGUGCGAUUGUGCAGCUGCCGACAUACUCCACCACGAGGAUCCACCGCAACUAUGUGGACUGCGUGAGAUGGCAUGGUGAUCACAUCCUCUCCAAAAGCACCCACAACAAGAUCGUCAUCUGGAAGCCGCAGCCUUCCAAGGCGCAUGGCAGCGAUGCAGCUCUCGUGCUGGGGGAGUGCCGAUACAGCUCGUCCGACAUCUGGUUCUUGCGUUUCAACAUCGAUCCCCAGCACAACUUCGUUGCAGUAGGAAACAAGGUCGGGCAGAUAUUGCUGUGGGACCUGACGCAGCUGGUCACCGGGAAGGAAACAUGCAAGCUGACUCACUCACAAUGUACGACGACUGUCCGUCAGACCGCCAUCUCUCAUGACGGGAGGACGGUACUGGCGGCAACGGAGGAUGGUUCGAUCUGGAGGUGGGACGCCACGAGGUAG